AUGGCACCAGUAUCCGCGCGUCCGUGUGCGUCGCGGGCGGCUCUCGCUGAUCCAGCUGCAGACGAGACGUCAGCAGCGCAGUGCCCACGUGGCCCUUCUUGGGAGGUGCACAAGUUCGGCGGUACGUGCCUGGCCAACCCGGAGCGCAUCAGGGAAGCGAUGCGAGUGGUUGUGGAGGAUCCCGCAGAAAACAAGGUGGUGGUGGUGAGCGCGAUGGGCUCCACGCCGGAGUCUCCCGUCAAGGUAACAGACCUGAUGUUGUCGAUGAUCGGGAAGGCGGCAGCACAGGACAUUGGCUUUAUGACGGACCUGACAGCGCUGCAAGAGAAGCACGUGGCCUGCGCGAAGGAACUUCUGGGAGAGGGGCCGGAGCUAAACCAGUUCCUUGGGCGGCUCAUGGACGAUGUGGGGAAUCUGAAGUCGAUGCUGGAAGCCAUUUCGAUAGCCGCUCUUGCAACCGAAGCUUUCUCUGACUUUGUGGUGGGUCAUGGUGAGCUGUGGAGUGCCCUACUUGGCACUGCAGCCUGCAGGCAAAUGGGAUGUGAAGCAGCCUUCAUGGAUGCCCGGGACAUCCUUGUCGUGACCCCUACACCAGACAGAGUAUCCGUUGAUGUCAACUACGAAGCAUCCAACAGGAACCUUGACAAGUGGUACUCCAAGAUUGGUACAAGCCCUGCUGUCAUCGUUGCCACAGGGUUCAUUGCAAGGAGCACCGCUGGUCAGAUAACCACCCUACGAAGAAAUGGGAGUGACUACUCAGCCACAAUAUUAGGGGCCCUGUUUAGGAGCUCACAGAUCACCAUAUGGACAGAUGUGGAUGGUGUGUAUAGUGCCGAUCCACGAAAAGUGUCGGAGGCGUUUUGUUUGGGUGGCCUGUCCUAUCAUGAGGCCUGGGAGCUGUCAUAUUUUGGAGCCAACGUGCUGCACCCACGGACAACACUUCCAGCCAUGAAGUACAGCAUCCCAAUUACCAUCCGGAACUUUUUUAACUUUCAGGCGCCAGGCACUAAAAUUGGGUUCCUUGCAGAAGACAGCAAUGAGUGCAGUGUCAAGGCGUUCUCAACGAUUGAUGACAUGAAUUUGAUCAGUGUGGAGGGCACUGGAAUGGCAGGCGUGCCUGGAAUUGCAGCAAAGAUAUUCAAUGCUAUGAAGGAUGCCGAAAUCAAUGUCAGCAUGAUUUCGCAGGCCAGCUCUGAACAAUCCAUUUGUUUUGCUGUCAGAGGUUUGGAUGGGCCAAAUGGUGUCCAAGUCCUGAGGGAGAAGUUUGCAGAUGAGCUGCAAGCUGGCAUCAUCUCGUGUAUCGAUCGUAUCGAGAAUUGCUGCCUCCUGGCUGCUGUUGGGCGCCAGAUGGUGAACCGCCGGGGAACAGCAGCAACUCUCAUGACAGCACUCGCAAAGGCAAAUAUAAACAUCAUUGCCAUUGCCCAGGGCUCCUCAGAGUACAACAUAACAGUCCUCAUUGACCAGGAGAUGAGCGGCAAGGCCCUUCAGGCUGUCCACUCGCGCUUCUACAUGUCUGCAGUGUCCAUCGGUGUUGGACUCGUGGGACCUGGUCUUGUCGGAGGCACGCUCAUGGACCAGAUGAAAGAGCAGAAAGAGUUGCUUUGUGAGAAAUACAAGAUCGACAUUCGGGUGUUGGCACUGGCGAAUUCCAGCAAGAUGCUGCUCCAUCCCACUGGAAUCGACCUGGACAACUGGCAAACGGAAUUUCAAAAUAAGGCAGAGUCCUGCGAUCUCAGCAGGCUUGCAGAUCACUUGUCUGGCAAUAUUGUAGCCAACACUGUGAUUUUGGACUGCACUGCUUCUGACACACCUCCUUGCCACUACCUGGAAUGGAUCAACAAAGGCAUUCACAUCAUCACCCCCAACAAGAAGCUGGGGGCAGGGCCAUUGGAUCGGUAUCUGGAUGUAAGGCAGUCACAGCGCGAGAGCUACACUCACUGGUACUAUGAGGCGACAGUGGGUGCUGGCCUCCCAGUUGUUGCCACAUUGAAGCAUUUGCUGGAGACUGGCGACAAGAUCUUGAAGAUCGAGGGCAUUUUCUCAGGAACACUGUCAUACAUUUUUAAUGAGUACAAGGCUGGCAUGCGGUUUUCAGACAUUGUGAAAAUCGCUAAGGAGAGUGGAUUCACAGAACCAGACCCACGAGACGACCUGGCUGGAAUGGACGUCGCAAGGAAGGUGACCAUUCUAGCCAGGGAGUGCGGCAUGCAUAUCGAACUGAAUGAGGUGCCGGUGCAGAGCCUGGUGCCAGAGCCCCUCCAGAGCACCUCAUCUGUGGCUGAAUUCAUGGAACGGCUGCCAGACUACGACGAAGACAUGAGCAACAAGAUGGAGGCCGCGGAGGCAGCCGGGGAGUGCUUGCGUUAUGUGGGCACUGUCGAUUGCGAAGGCGGCGAAGGCAAUGUAGAACUUCGGUCCAUCUCAAAGACACAUCCCUUCGCACAGCUGAGUGGCAGCGACAACAUCAUCGCCUUCACAACCUCCAGAUAUCGGAAGCAGCCACUGAUGGUGAGGGGCCCAGGCGCUGGUGCGGAGGUGACAGCGGCAGGUGUCUUCAGUGACCUGCUGCGCCUCGCAGCCUCUCUUGGGGCGCCGAGCUGA